AGCAAGUCAGUGCUGUCUGUCGGCUAGGUGCUUACCGCGUUCACCAAACACCGUCAGCAGACUUUAAGCAUGAUUCGGCGGUCCAGAAGCAGUCUGUACAGCAGUGAGGAUGACGAGGAGGAGACUGAGAUGUAUGAACAUGAUUAUGAUGGAUCAUUGCCCAAGCCUGGGAAACGCCAGCUCGGCAAGACACGCUGGACACGAGAAGAGGAUGAGAAGUUGAAAAAACUUGUUGAACAUCAUGGAGCAGAAGACUGGAAAGUAAUUGCAAGCCUAUUAACUAACCGUACAGAUGUGCAGUGCCAACACAGGUGGCAGAAGGUUCUCAACCCAGAACUCAUUAAAGGACCGUGGACCAAAGAGGAGGACCAGAGGGUGAUCGAGCUGGUCCAGAAAUACGGCGCCAAACGCUGGUCAGUGAUCGCCAAGCACCUGAAGGGGCGAAUUGGCAAGCAGUGCCGCGAGCGCUGGCACAACCACCUGAACCCAGAGGUUAAGAAGACUUCCUGGACGGAGGAGGAAGACAGAAUAAUCUACCAGGCGCAUGAGAAGCUGGGCAAUCGCUGGGCAGAAAUCGCUAAGCUGCUCCCUGGCAGGACCGACAACGCUAUAAAGAACCACUGGAACUCCACCAUGAGGAGAAAGGUGGAACAGGAGGGCUACCUUCAGAACACAGCCAAGAACAGCAGCCCCUCGCUCCCCGCCAGCCGCACUUACGUGAAGACCAACAAUCAGAUCAUGUGCUUUCCCCAACAGCCCGGUCACACGCAGCUGACUUCCAAUUUGCCGCUCAGCUACGCCACCUACCUGUCUGACGCACGUAGAGUGCACUCCACCCUCUCAUUCAAUAUGAACAUACUCAACAUUCCCCAAGUCCAGAGACACUAUAACGAGGAGGACCCUGAGAAGGAGAAGAGGGUGAAAGAGAUCGAAAUGCUGCUCAUGUCAACAGAAAAUGAACUGAGGGGCCAGCCGUCACUACCGAUUUGUUCGUUCUAUCAAAACUGGACCAACCAGAGCUCCAUGUCCAACAGCUCAGAAGGUGCUGCUCUGCCUUUACCUCAUCACCAGGCAGCCAGCCAGGAACUGUCUCUUGACCAGAGCAGCUCAGCUGAGGACAGCGCCCCCACAACACCCGUCGAAGGCAUUAACGGCAACAACAGCAACAACAACAGUCCCCACAACAGUCCUGCAUUCUCAAAUCCAAUGCCAGGGAUAAUGGAAUCCAUGAUUGACUCAUUCCUCAACCAGCCAGUGAGCCCAGAACACUCAGACAAUCUACCCUUUAACUCGCCUGUGCCUGCAAGCCUCCUAAAUGAUAAUGAAUUGCUCAUGACGCCCAAUAUGUGUGAGUCAAUUCUGGAGUCAACCCCACGUACACCCACGCCUUUGAGAUCAGCCUCGACCCAUCAGGAGAUCAAAUAUGGCCCCGUUAAACUAAUGAACACCACUUUGGGGCAGCAGAUGGUUGGGUCCAUCAAGCAGGAGCCAGUGGAAGAUGCCAUUAAGCAUCCUCCAUUUAAGAAGAUAAAGCAAGAGGUCGAGCUCCCAUGCAAGAGGGGCCACUGCAUGCAGUGGGCAGGGCAAGAACUUAACAGGCAGCUCUUCUCCCCCAGUCGCCCAGCUCAGGAAGUAUCGGACCUACUUACAAGCUCACUCUUGAACGAAGACGGACACAAAAUCUACCAGCUCCCUCACAGAAGCCUGAAUAACCCACUACAGCAGCAACAGCUGGGUUCCUGGGAUCUGUUGGCCUCCGGGAAAACAGAGGAGCACAUACUGGCCUCGGAACACAAGUUCUUGAGUGCUUUCCCUUCAAGGACACUGAUGAUAUAGACUGAGAUAAAUGCUGAUCCAAACACAUCAACUUUUCCUGCACUGGAGUUUAAAAAAAGAAAGAGAAAAAAAGCCCUUAGCUCAAUCAGGCUAAGGUGUUUAGCCCCCCCAGCUGAAGCAGUAGAAAAUGGUUGGAGCAAUGGAUGGAUCAAGCAGAUGUUUACUUGUUUACUUCUGGAACACAGGCGUUUACGGCAUCACUGGGUUCAAAACUCAAAGAAUUUUCGCUUUCACCUACACUUGUGGAACAGACGGGCGGAUACAUAUUUGCGGUGGUACAGUCAUUGGGAGAGGCUAUAUGCCACUGAUUUUUUCACACUUACAUUUGUUGGAUUUGUACCAACCAAAGACUUUUUUUAAGGGGGGAGGGGGGGUG